CAGCUGCAACCAUUUCGAAAAAUAUUCAUGCUAUCCUCAAAAUCAGAACCAACAUGUCCUCAAGCUCAUCUCAGUAUCCUCCAGCAGCCUCCCGGCUCCGUCCUACCACUUCUACUCACAUCCACACCUUAAGCGAAGAGGUCCUGCUCGAAAUCCUUUCGUAUCUUACGAUCAGCGAACUACUCACAGCCUCUCGGGUCUCUCAAAGGUUCAAUCGACUAUGUGAAGAACCUCAACUAUGGCGAAGAAUUUACCACUCUCUGUUUACUGUCGACAGACUCAAACAUCCCUUUUCACCGGCGCUCGAUCAAAGAUUACGUGGGUCAAUGGAAUCAAGAGCUUCUCGAUCUCAACUGGAUCGAAAAGGGAAAAGGAAGCAUUUAGAAGUUACAAUCGAUCAAGAAUCCCAUCUGGGUCAUACCUGGAAGACGCUCUGUCGGAUCAGCUGGAAUUGGAAAAGGGGAUCUGCUGGAUUGACUCGCAUCACGCCUAUCCUCAAUCAAUCUGACAGCCCUCCCAUCUCAACUUCCUCUCAAGCUCGGACAACCACCACUCGAUCUCAAGGUUCUAAGAACCCAACACCCAAUACGAUUGUUCGAUUCCAUCGCUCCCUGCUGUUCAUCGCUCGGAAAUCUAGGUCUUCUGAAUCUCUUCCAACCGUUUACGUUUACAAUCUUCAGAAUGAUUUCAACCACCAACAACAGAAGAAAUCAGUUCUAAUCGGGAAACUUUCGCCUGCUUUGGGAUCCCAGGAUGUCUCCCCGUUUAUUGGACAGGCAGUAACUGAAAUCAGCAUUGACGAAUCCUGCGGCACCAAUUCUGAGACAACUCAAGCUGUGAAAUCUACAGUUUUAUUGUCGGUGUUUUACACCACCGGUCAAUUCACUCUCUAUGAAAUCAGCCUUCCUGAUGUCUCACCAGAUACUGGCGAUCCCAUAGUACUCGAUUUUCAAGAGGUCGGAUCAUUUCAGCCGUACUUGACAUCCAAAAUAUCCAACUCACGGAAGGUUCAUCAUGGAUUAGUCGAGACGGCCAAGUUCCACUUCCCCCUGUUGGUCACAUGCUCGGUGGACUUUCAUCUAAGCUUCUUCCGUCUAUCCUGGUCUUCAUCACCAGCCCAACCGACAGAAAAACUGCAAAUCAUCAAGCUAGCCUUAGACAUGCAAAACCACAGUUGUUAUUGGCCCCUGUCACUGAGUCUCAAACGCUCUGAACCGUCGAGCGAGCGCUUCAAUAUGACGAUUGCUUAUCCAAUGCCGUUUUAUCCUUCGGCUUGGACCGUUGGCAUGCAAGAGUUCGACUUUGAAAUCACUUCUUCCCGAUCUUCAUCCGCCUCCUCAUCCACUACGUCUCUACAAAUGAACACCAAUCGAUUUAUCACCGCCUUCCAACAUCCGCAAGAUAAAGAUCGUCGACCCAUGGCCGGCUUGAGUUUGGGAGAGAUCGUGAUCGGGAUUGAGCAAGCGGCCGAGAACGUGAUUGUUGGGCGAUCGGACAACACGAUCGACUGUUUCCGACUGGCGUCUGUUUCCGAUGAUGAUGCGAGUGACCACCGGAUAAAACGGUUGUUGUGCUCGAAGACUCUGUUCGGUCACACGUCCCGAAUCGGCUCGAUAACGGUCGACGAAAAUGGGCGUUGUGUGAGUGGGGCGAUGGACGGAGUCAAGGUGUGGGAAGGCUCAGAAGCCGUCGACGUUCGCUCCGUCGACUCGUCUGCAUCUUCGCUGCUCGAAACUCGGAGCGUCGGUUGGAUCGGAUCUGACUCGGAAAAAAUCGUCAGUCUGUGGAUCUGGGAGGACCUCGAUCCGAACGCUAACACCGCUAGACUCAACGAAGAAAUUAGGGUUCUUAGCUUUAUCUAAUCUCUCGACACUCUUUUUCUUGUGCUCCCAAGUCCACUGUCCAAAUUUGUAGAAUAUAUGCUUUUCAGUCUCGCUCUUGCACAAACGCUUUCAAAAAUAACCCCAAUCACAGUGUCCUCCAUUUCAAAUUGUAAUCUACCAACAUUUCUGGUUUUCUCUUGUACUUCUACAAUCAUAUGUAAAAUCAGAGAAAAUGAGUUUGGCAAAAACC